GUUUCGUACAAAAAUAUGAAUGUUCACACUUAGCACCAGAAGUGUUCCUCUCAAUCAAACCUCAAUCAAAGCCCUUUACCAAAACCCACUCGGGCCCAUUUAAUUUCUGACUCGUCUUUUCCCAUCUUUGAAUUUACAAUAACCAUUUCAGCUGCAUGCUCUCACUCUCGGUCAAGGCUUUCAGCUCAAAAAUCAAUCAUGGCCGUCGCCACAGCGAUUGGGUUUUUGACGCCCUUGAAUGGCAAGUUGGAGGAAAAGGGCACCUCUCCCAAAAUACCCCUCUCCAAAGGCAUUACAUAUGUCGGCCGCGAUUGCAUUCCGAUCACCGAUAAGCGCCUCAGCCGGCAGCAUAUUGCUGUCAGUGUCUCCGAUGACGGUUCCGCUGACAUCAUUGUUGAAGGGACGAACCCGGUAGUCGUAAGGUCCAAAGGUGAGAGGAAGAAACUUUUGUCUGGAGAAAAGCAGAAAAUUCAAGCUGGGGAUGUUAUAGAGUUAUUGCCUGGUCAUUACUUUUUCAAAGUAGAAAUUUUAUCAUCUAUUAUUACACAUAAAAGGCCUUUGGAUGAAGGAAAUGGUAAAGGGAAAGAGCUUGCUUGUAGUAGGAAGCGAAUGCAAAAGUUCUCACAGGAACAGACAUAUGUUGAAAAUUCAAAUUGUAAUGAUGAAGACUCAAACACUUCCUCCGAGGGAAUAAGGCAUUUCCAAGUUCCUAAAGAUAAGCUGCCGCUGACUUUUAGACUAUUGAGAGUGAAAGGAUUGCCAGAGUGGGCAAAUACGAAUGCUGUUUCCAUUAAUGAUGUGAUUCAGGGUGAUGUUCUCUUUGCCGUCCUUUCAAAUUAUAUGGUCGAUAUUGACUGGCUACUUUCUGCGUGUCCAAUGCUUAGAAGAGUCCUGCAUGUGCUUGUUGUCCAUGGGGAAGGUGACGGUACCCUCGAGUACAUGAAGAGAAAUAAGCCUUCUAACUGGAUUCUCCACAAACCUCCAUUACCCAUUUCAUACGGAACACACCAUUCGAAAGCCAUGCUUCUUAUCUAUCCACGAGGAGUGCGAGUCAUUGUGCAUACAGCAAACUUGAUACAUGUUGACUGGAACAACAAAUCCCAAGGUUUGUGGAUGCAAGAUUUUCCAUGGAAGGAUCAAAACAGUACAAGUAGUGGGUGUGGAUUUGAAAAUGACCUGGUCGAGUAUCUGAGCGCAUUGAAGUGGCCUGAAUUCAAUGCCAACUUACCGGGCAUCGGUAGCUUCAGUAUAAAUCCCUCUUUCUUCAAGAAAUUUGAUUACAGCUCUGCCACGGUGAGGCUUAUUGCUUCAGUCCCAGGAUACCAUUCUGGCUCGAGCUUAAGGAAAUGGGGACAUAUGAAGUUACGGACUGUUUUGCAAGAGUGUACCUUUGAGAAUCAGUUUGAGAAAUCUCCACUUAUUUAUCAGUUUUCUUCACUAGGUUCGUUGGAUGAGAAAUGGAUGACUGAGCUGGCAUCUUCCAUGUCAGCAGGUAUGACCGAAGACAAAAGGCCUUUGGGUCCCAGUAAACCCUUGAUCGUAUGGCCGUCUGUGGAGGACGUCAAAUCUUCCUUAGAGAAGCUGAUUGUUUGUUUUCCUUUGCUUGAUUCUGAAAAGGGUUAUGCAGCUGGAAAUGCGAUACCAAGCCCACUAAAAAAUGUAGAGAAAGAAUUCCUUAAAAAGUAUUGGGCAAAGUGGAAAGCUGGCCACACAGGUCGCUGUCGUGCGAUGCCUCAUAUAAAGACGUUCACACGUUACAAUGGGCAAAACCUUGCAUGGCUACUGCUGACCUCAUCGAACCUCAGCAAAGCUGCCUGGGGAGCUCUGCAGAAAAAUAACUCUCAGUUAAUGAUCCGUUCAUAUGAGCUGGGUGUACUGUUCUUGCCUCUACACAAGGAAUAUGGAUGUGGCUUUUCAUGCACUGAUGGCGCACAAGACUCAAAGGACAUAUCGACUUCUCAAAGAAGUUCUGAAGCGAAACGAACAAAACUUGUGACCCUGUCUUGGAGAAGUAACCAAAAUAAUCAAUCAUGUGAAGUUAUUCGAUUGCCCGUGCCUUAUGAACUUCCUCCAAAACCUUACUCUUCGGGAGAUAUACCCUGGUCUUGGGAUCGAAAGUAUACAGAGAAGGAUGUAUAUGGCCAAGUUUGGCCAAGGCAGGUGAAGCUUUACACUAGUCAAUAGGAGCGUGUCUGUUUUCUGUUAGUUUUAAGCGGGUAAAAUGUAAAGAACUCGUUUGUUACCAGGUUAGUUGAAGUUAUAACUUGGUGCAGUUGAAGUAGUCUGGCCUUUGGGGUUAGAUUUUUUAAAGUUUAUUUUGGUAUAUAAAAUCAAUCAUCUGUUUUCUUGAUCUGUUCCUUUCUUCCUUUUACUGCUUGUGAAUUUCUCUUGGCAAGACACGGCAAAAACCAGGCUUCUUGAUUCAGGCAUGCAUUUAUAGUCGGU